GACUGUACUAGGUGCACCACUGAACCAGAGUUCAAAGAGACCAUGGAGAAGCUGAAGGGGGUGAAUAAGGCAGCAUGGGAGUAUCUGAUGAGGUUUGAACCAGCCACUUGGGUUAAGGCUUUUUUCAGUCAUGGCCCCAAGGUGGAUAACCUAACUAACAACAUGUGCGAGGUAUUUAAUUCAAAAGUCGUUAAGUACAGAAUGAAGCCAGUUUUGACUAUGUGUGAGGAAAUUAGGUGCUACCUAAUGCGGAGAAUGACCAAGCAUAUUAGGCUAUUAGAGCACCAUAGUGGAAAGCUUGCACCCGUUCAGGAGAAAAGGUUGCAGAGGCUGAUAAAACCCAGCAGCAGGUGGAUUGCCGAAUGGGUGGGAGAUAACGAACGAAAGAGAUUUCAAGUUAGCAGAAAGCAAACCAAAGUAGAUGUGGAUUUGAUCAAACACACUUGUUCAUGCAAUGUUUGGCAACUGACCGGCAUGCCAUGCAUUCACAGUAUUGCUGCAAUUAGAAAGAGGCAUGACCAGGUAGAUGAUUAUGUGCAUCCCUGGUUAUGUAUGGAAUCUAUUCACAAAACAUAUGCACAUUGCAUAAAAUCAGUUCCAAGUGAGGAAUUUUGGGUAACCACUGACCAGCUGAGGCCUGCUCCACCACCCAUCAAGCGACCUAUUGGGAGGCCUAAAGUACACAAUCGCAACAAGGAUCCUGCUGAGGCUCAUAUUCAGGGUGACAAGCUUAAGAGAAGCUUUCAAGUGACAUGCAGCAAGUGCAAUGAGAAAGGCCACAACUACAAGACAUGUAAGGGAGCACCAAGCAACCCAAACUGGAAACCAAAAAAGAAAAAAGCUAAGAAGACUGAUGCAAACACAGAACCCUUGGAGCAGCUUCCCCUAUCACAAUCAGCCCCUCAACCAGAGGAUCAAAGCCAGACACAGACUGAAAGUUUGGCUGAGAAUAGUGCUGUGCAAGAGAAGUCUACAAAUCAUGUCAUCAGCCAGAAUGCUGCAGCAACAACACCAUCCGCUCCAGUCCAAAUUCCAUUCAAGCCUCCAUCCCAGCAGCCAAGAAUGGGGCAACCCAAAACCCCAGCUACUUCCUCCAAAUUCAGACCCAAGCAGACAAUCAGAAGGCCCCGAGCAAGUACAAAUUCACCUUCAAAUCCACCUGCAACUCCACCCCCAGAUACAACCCAGACUCAAAGCACCAGUGCCAGUGUCGCUACAUCAGAGGAGACCUUCAAAGUCGCUGGCAGUGAGGCCAUAGGAAUGAAUUUCAUCCCAACUCCUGUAUCUAAGAAUCAGAAGAACUGAACAAUAUUGAAUGAAUUUAUGUUUUUUGUCAUAGUCUUCAGUAUAAAUUAAACAACACUGUCUACUUAUUGUAGUUUGGCAAACUUGUUUAUAUGCCAACCAGAUGUUUUGUUAUUUUGUGGCAAACUUGUUUAUGUUUUGGAUUAAGACAGAUACACUGUUGUUCAUAUUUUGCUCAUAAUAUAUGCAG